UAUUUGAAAGGAAUACUUGGAUAUCUAUGAUAACAGUAUGAUGGGAUCUCUGAAGGCUCUCCAGGAGUGGUGUCGGAUCCAGUGUGAACAUUACAACGAUGUGGAAAUAAAGGACAUGUCAACGUCCUUUCGCGACGGGCUGGCGUUUUGUGCCAUAAUACAUCGUUACAGACCUGAACUGAUAGACUUCAGCUCAUUGUCUAAAGAGAAUGUCUACGAGAACAACCGAUUGGCAUUUGAGGUGGCAGAGACAGAGCUGGGGAUACCUGCCCUGUUGGAUCCAGAAGACAUGGUGUCCAUGAAAGUGCCUGACCGGCUCAGCAUCAUCACAUACGUCUCUCAGUACUACAACUUCUUCAACAACAAAUCUCAAGCCAACCCCCCUUGCAUGAAAAGGCUGAGUUCUGUCGGUCUUAAUGAGCCAGCCCAGAAAAGGCCCCCGACCCCUUUGGAAGACAAAGUGGUUGAGUCUGAGCCGAGCCAGCACUCGCAGGCAGGUGUGGAAGCGGUUGCAGUCAAGCGCAAUACGCUCAGCAGCACCUGCGCUGCCUGCCAGAAACAUGUCCACCUGGUGCAGAGGUUUCUGGUGGACGGCAAGCUCUACCACCGCAACUGUUUCAGGUGCAUAGAGUGUCACAGCACUUUACUUCCUGGAUCCUACAAAUUAGAGAGCAUCUCUGGGGCGUUGGUCUGUACACAUCACCUUGCAAGGCAUGCCUCAGCCAAUCAGAACGGUCGGCCAGAUCUUAGUAAGAGACCAGUAGGAUUUCAGUCCACCAGGAUUGGUCGCAGCCCAGUUCCUCACGCCUCGCCCUCAGACAGCGAUCAGGCAAAAACUCCUUCUCCAGUAAGCCAAACAAAUGAUACCGACAUGCCUACCAAUGACUCUGUGACAGUGACUACAACUACAACAAAUGAAGCAGACACUUCGGGAAAAGCUAAAGACAUGGAUGGCAGCGGAGAGACAGAGGAGAAACCACGCUCUUCUCCUCCUCCCAACCCUUUUGAUGAGAGCGAUGAAGAGGAGGAAGAGGAGAAAGAGGAAGAUACUCAAACACCAGCCAAAUUAACAACAAAUGGAGACCUCCCUUCUACACCUGUCACUCAUCUUGAAGGUGCAAGUCGGCCAGUCCCAGCACCGCGCAGGGUUUCUGAGCCAACCCCUCCUCCUCGUCCUGCCCCUCGUGUUCGGCUUCUCCGUACAGCAGACGGUGAAAAUCAAAAGCCUCCGACUCCUCCCAAACCUCGAGAAAGAUCACAGUCUCCUGGAAGCCUGUCCAGUGGCACCCAUAAACCCAAAGACCCACCUUGGCUCGCCCUGGUCCAAUCAGAUUCCAAGAAGAAGAAAGCCCCUGCCCCUCCCCCUGCUGGACUGGCAACACCUCCCAAUACAGGCUCUCUGUCCUCUCUCAAAGGGGAUGGCUCCAGACCCAGCACGCCCCCUCCGCCCGCCAACCCAUUCGAUGAGGACGACGAUGAUGAAAAUAAUGAGGUAGAGGAGGAAGGGGGAAGUGAAGGAGGUGCGGUUCCUGCUUCAGUCGCGGCUAGUCACCCAUGGUAUAGCAUCACUCGGGCAGCUGAUGCGAGCGGCGGAGACACGCCCCCAAGUGGAGGAAGCUCGUCCCGCUCUGCCAGCCCGGGUAGCACCAAGAAUAAGAAACGACCAGCACCUCGUGCUCCGCAGCCACCUGCUGGUAGCCAAGUUCUCUCUCACUCUCAGACCUCCUCUUGCUCUCCCUCUCCAGCUCUCAGCACAGAGAGUCUUUCCUCUGGCUCAGACCACAGCUCCUCCCAGCCCCCGUUGGGUGGCAGUGCCAGCAGCGACCAGCAACACCCCUUCACCAAGAGCGUCUCGGAGCCUUCCAUCUGUUCACCGUGCGACUCGGCAGCCUCUCCUUCGUCCUCCUCCACUGAGCUUCUGCCUCAUCCCUCCCCAAGCCCCCACCCUUCGCCCAUGCCUUCAAAUGCCAGCUCAGCUCCAGCCACUCCACAGACCGGUCGCAGCUUAGGGAGCAAAGGGCCCGGGGCACCUCCACCGCGACCCCCGACAACCCCCAGCCCAUUGGCCUCAGGAGCAACCCAAUCAAACAAUAAGCGGAUCUGUAAGGAGAACCCAUUCAACAGGAAAGCUUCUCCCUCCCCUGCCAAAUCCAAAACCAGACCACCAAAAGGCCCUCGUCCUGCCCGACCCCCGGCCCCCGGCCAUGGCUUCCCUCUUAUCAAACGCAAGGUGCAGUCGGAUCAGUACAUCCCAGUAGAGGACAUCCACGGGGAGAUGAGUCAGCUGGAGAAGCAGCUGGAUGAACUGGAGCAGAGGGGAGUGGAGCUGGAGAAGAAGCUGAGAGACAACCCUAAUGAUGAGGAUGAGGAGCACCUGCUGGUGGACUGGUUCACUCUCAUUCACGAGAAACACCUUCUAGUUCGACGAGAAGCUGAGCUAGUCUACACAGCAAAGCAGCAGAACCUGGAAGAAAGGCAAGCUGAUGUGGAGUACGAGCUGAGGUGUCUUCUCAAUAAACCAGAGAAAGAGUGGACGGAGGAGGACAAGAGUCGGGAGCAGGAGCUAAUGGCUGAGCUGGUUACCAUCAUUGAGCAGCGCAACCAAAUUGUCAACAACAUGGACCAGGACAGGCAGAGGGAAGAAGAGGAGGAUAAACUUAUUGGAGCCAUGCUGAAGAAAAAAGACUUCCAUAAGGAUCCGGAGGGUGAACAGCAGCAGCAGCAGAAGAAAAAAGGGGCAAAGUUCAAACCCAUUAAGGUGCUGAAGAGGCUGAGCCAUAAAGCAGAGCCAGGCAAGAGCCCCCGCAAGGAGAAAACACCGUAGAAAGGACACCUUAUCCUCCAAGAGGAUAUGAGACUUUUUUUAACAAGACUAAGGAAAAGACAGAAGGGUGUGAGAAAAUAAACAUCAAGUCAAGAAGAAAAGAUGACAUCUCCUUUUAACUGUCAUUAAAAUGACUUGAAGCGCAGCCCAGAAUCCACACCUUGCUCACAUCUUACUUUGCUGACUCUUUUCAGUUGUGACUUUUAAAGAGACGGUGUGACGACUCGACCGCUUUAUGAGCUGACGUGUUUGUUCGAGCUCUGACCUCUCAAGCCAGCAGGUUUCUAAAUCACUGUACUGAUUGGUUAUAUGUUGCUUCACUAUCUUUGCAUAGCACAGUGUGUCUGUCCCUGUAGGCCUUUAUCAAGGCUCAGCAAAGGUGUGAUUCAAGAGUUCACUUUGAAUGAAUCAGUUGGAUGCAAGUUGAUCCCUGAUAGCUAUGAGUUUGUAAUGAUUUUACUCUGCUCCUGACUUGCACUCCUUAAUUCCAAAGGUCAGUAGAUGGAUAACUGUGAAGGUUUCACGUCAUGUCUGGUUUGAUCCUGUGGUACUAGUGAAAGGAGAAUGUUUUGAAGAUAAAUUCUGCUUUAAAUUUCGCAACAUCUACCCUUGAAAUGCUCAAUCAACAGUGGAUACCUAAGCUCUACCAGCUGCUACGUUAUAAUGUUGAUUUCCUUGUUUUUUAGUUUCCUCAGUCAUAGUUUUGCGAUGGUGUCAUUUGUGUAAAUGCAUAUCAGCAAAGAAGUGGAUACACAUUAUUUAUGAGUGACUAUGUCAAAAUCAGAUUGAUGUAGAAAACGUGAGGUCUGGAGGAAACCGAAAGUGUUCAACUUCAGACGUGUUCAGAAGUUUAUUAACAUGAAAGGUCACACAUGCAAUAAUGAUAUUAGAAUAGGCAGACAAAAGUAUUUUAACAAAGUUAGCAUAACAGUUUGUAACAGUUUUAACCAGUGGGGGGGAACAGGAGUAUGCAAUCAUUCAUUUCUAUUUUACUAUGCCUUUCUGUGUUAUUCCAUGUUUUGCCUUAAAAGUGGAUAGGAAAAAAAAAACGUGUUAAUAUUGUUUGUACGAGUGCCAUUUAUUUAACUGCAUAUGUGUAUGUGCGUCAUUUGUUCAAGCUAAUGUAAAUGUCAGUAUGUUUACUCAUUCUGUUCCUGUUCUGUCCGUUAGAUUGUCUGUUUGUCCUCCAUUUUAAAUGGUAAUCUCUGUUGUGUCUGUGUUUCUGCUCUGUGCCUGUCCUCUUGUCCAGCUGAAACCAAGGGCUGUAGUGUCACAUUUCUGUCAGCUAUACAUGGUCCUAAAACGGCAGCGGUAUAAUAAAAAUACUGACACUGGAAGGCAGAGGAAUAAAAUAACUUAAUGAAA